AUGAAGAAAUUGAUGAAGUUACGCCAUGCUAAAACAUCCGGGGAAACGAAGGAGCCUGUAAGGGAAAAACCGAUGGGAAUGGAACUUCCGCCAGAUAUCAGUGAAGAUGUGGACACGAAGCCAUUUAUUGCCGAAACUGAAGAUGAUGAAAAUUCGUUACCAAGUGCAGCUGACGAGAAACGAACUGAUGAAGAGCGAAAUGCGCCCGUAGAUGUUAAACCAAAUGUUCCCUCGACAUCGAAAAACAAGUUUGCUUCUGAAGAACAAGCGGUGGACAAUGAACAGGAGGGAAAAAUGGAUUCGGACUGCAAAGCUUCAAGUAGCAAAGAAGCUGAUGAUGAGAAGCAGCACGAGGAAGAAUUUGUUGAGAAUACAGAUGAAACACCUACCGCUAUAAAUCAUGAUAGGUCUGCGAGGCGAAAACGUACACGAUUACGUGACACGCAAGCACUGAAACGGGAAAAAGUAAGGUUUUUUUUUAAAAGAUUGAUACUGUUUUUUGUAUUCAUGUUGAAAGGCUUAUUUUUCAAACAUGAAGGGAUUUUUGUGGUCUGUCUUGGCCGUUAA